GGAGGGACAGGAAAAUGCCUUUCUCUGUGGGAGACAUUAGCCCUGUGAUCUCAUGAAUAUAUUACACAGAGGAUCAUUGAGCAAUGAGGAAGGUGCGCGGCGCUGCCAGGUUGUGGCCUCAGAUAGCUUGUUAUGGUGAUUUUAACCACCUCGCCGGCCGCUUGUGACCACACCAGCAGUUCACAAUAAACCCUGCCUGGAUUUAACGCCGCUCGUGUUGUGGUAAUUUGCGGGGAAUGUGAUUUUUUUCUUUCUUUUUUCCUUUUUUUUUUUUAAAGCCCCAGCUGUGCUCGAUAAAGCGGUCAUCCAGCAGCCGCGUCUUGCUAGUAGCCUCGACUGCGACACUACCAGCGGCGGCUAGCGGCUAAGCUAACCGUCUCCAGACCGACCGAGCGAGCGAGCGGGCGGCUUCAACCGGCCGGGCGGCACACGACGCGAGCAAGGGCUGCCACUUCAGGACAGUGGGGGCUCUCGAAUGAUCCCCCCGUUCAUCCGAUGAACCCCCUCAACUCCAUGAAACCCUCCCUGCCUCCCACUCCACAAAGCAGCGACGGCCCCUUCCUCAAUGAGCCAGUCUCCUGGCAACCAGGAACCAAUCAGCACGCGGGAUCUCUCUCUGUAGUAACCACAGUGUGGGGCGUGACCAAUCCCACACACAGCCAGGUGUUUGGUGGACACAUGGGCCCCGGCGAGAGCUCCGGCGGUCACAUGAUGCCCGGCGGCAGCCCCGGCAUGGGCCCCGGCAUGGGGUCCCAGUUCAUGGGCCAGCAGUCGUACGGAGACGCCGUGUCCAAGGGCUACGGCCAGCCGGUCAUGUACGGGCGACCCAGCGCCGGCUACAACCCCGCCCCGGCCUACGGCGGAAGUUACUCCGGUAACAGCGGAGGUGCCGGCCUGGGCGUCCGCCCGCCCUCCGACUUCACCCAGGCCGCCGCCGCCGCCGUGGCGGCCGCCGCUGCCACGGCAACCGCCACCGCCACGGCAACCGUCGCCGCCAUCCAGGAGAAGCAGAACCAGGAGCUGAGCUACGGCCAGAUGGGCGGAGCUUACUCCUACAGCACCCAGUUCCUCCACUCGGGCCCCCGCGGCCCCCCGGGGAUGAACCCCGGCGGGAUGGUCCCCUCCCGGCCCGGCCCGCCCCCUCGCGGCGGCAUGUACCCCACCCACCCGGCGCAGCAGCGGAUGCCCAGCACGGCGGCUACCCGGGGGGGCAGGCAGGGCCUGAAGCGGCCCUUCCACUCGGAGGGUUUCCCCGGGCAGCAGUACGGCUCCGGGGGGAUGUCGGGGUACCCCAGCCAGCCCCUGCAGUACCCCGCCGGCCCCCAGCAGCGCUGCGCCCCCUCGCCCUCCUACCCGUCCGGCCGGAUGCCCCACAUGGGGCAGUACGGCGCCGCCUCGCACAACCCGGCCCAGUUCCCGCCCGGCGCCGGCCAGCCCAACCCCCCGCAGUACUACAAGUCGGAGCCUUUCAACGGCCAGGGCAGCCUGCCCCCUGCAGGCACGGGGGGGUACAACGCCUUCACGCAGGCGGCGGUCAGCGGGCCAGGCCGGGGCGGGGUGAUGCGGUACCCCAGCUCGCCCAUGGGAGGAAACCACCCCCCGAUGACCCCCGGGACGGCCAUGCCUCCGUACCUGUCCCCCGGCCAGGACAGCAAACCGCCGUACCUCCCGCCGGACACCAAGCCCAGCAUGAACACCCAGCCGCCCUCCACAGGAAACCCGAGCGACGACCUCCGCCUGACCUUCCCGGUACGAGACGGCGUGGUGUUGGAGCCGUUCAGGCUGGAGCACAACCUGGCCGUCAGCAACCACGCCUUCCAGCUCCGGGACUCCGUCUACAAGACGCUCAUGAUGAGGCCGGACCUGGAGCUGCAGUUCAAGUGUUACCACCACGAGGACAGGCAGAUGAACACUAACUGGCCGGCGUCCGUGCAGGUCAGCGUGAACGCGACUCCUUUAUCCAUCGAACGAGGCGACAACAAGACGUCCCACAAGCCCCUGUACCUGAAGCAAGUGUGCCAGCCGGGGCGCAACACGGUGCAGAUCACCGUGACGGCCUGCUGCUGUUCGCACCUGUUCGUGCUGCAGCUGGUGCACCGGCCGUCCGUCCGGUCCGUCCUGCAGGGGCUGAUGAAGAAGAGGCUGCUGCCGGCCGAGCACUGCAUCACCAAGAUCAAGAGAAACUUCAGCAGCGGGACCAUCCCCGGCACCCCGGGCCUGAACGGAGAGGACGGCGUGGAGCAGACGGCCAUCAAAGUUUCACUCAAGUGUCCCAUCACAUUCAGACGGAUCCAGCUGCCGGCCCGAGGACACGACUGCCGGCACAUACAGUGCUUCGACCUGGAGUCCUACCUGCAGCUGAACUGUGAACGAGGGACCUGGCGGUGUCCCGUGUGCAAUAAAACGGCCCUGCUGGAGGGUCUGGAGGUGGACCAGUACAUGCUCGGGAUUCUCGUCUACAUCCAGAACUCUGACUACGAGGAGAUCACCAUCGACCCGGUGUGCGGCUGGAGGCCGGUGCCCGUCAAGCCCGACCUCCACAUCAAGGAGGAGCCCGACGGGCCCGUCCUGAAGCGCUGCCGCACCGUCAGCCCGAGUCACAUGGUGCUGCCCAACGUCAUGGAGAUGAUCGCCGCCCUGGGCCCGGCGUCGUCGCCCUACCAGAGUCUGACGGGCGGGGGCAGGAACACCCCCGACUACAGCCGGCCAGGAAGUCAGGGCUUCUCCGGCCAGGCGGGCUUCAGCGACUUCCCCAACACUCCCGGGACCCCCACGCUGGGGGAGUACGCCCCGUCCGGACCCCCGCCGCCGCCGCCUCCAGCCGCCACUCAGUCCCAGCUCCCCUACCAGCCCGACCAGGCGGCUCACCCCGGCCGGAUCGAUCACUCCCACAGCCUCCUCCAGCAGCACGCCUCGGGCAUCCACAGUAACCAAAACCUGGCCGACUCCGGCAGCCCGCUGCCGCCGCCGCCACAGCGCGGCGCCGCCUCCGCCGCCCAGAACUCCCGGCUGCAGGGCGGCGACUCCUUCGGCCUGGGCGGCCCGGGAGCGCCCGGAGGAGAGGGAGCCGACCACGCGCUCGACCUUCUCCCCGAGCUGACCAACCCGGACGAGCUGCUGUCGUACCUCGGCCCCCCCGACCUCCCCAACAACAGCAGCGACGACCUGCUGUCGCUGUUCGAGAACAACUGAGAAGAAACCGUCAACGUUCCAGCCUCCGUUUGCACCCUCUACCUGUGUGUGUGUGUGUAUGAGAUGGUGUGUGUGCGUGUGUUUUUUGUUUUUUUUGUGUGUGUGUGUGAGAGAGAGAGAGAGAGAGGUGUCCUGCUGUGCUUUCUUUCAGUAGAGUGUUAGAGGUGAAGGGAGAAGCACUGACUGUGAGUAUGAAGAGAAGCGAACAGGCGCCCAAACCUGCAGACCAGCAUUUUAAACUAUAGCACAAGUCCCAGGCUGGAGGAGCGACGCCGUUUAGACAUGGCUGAAAAACAACAACAGCAGGACAGUCGGCCGGUGGGAGAUUCCCGCUUUUGAGUCGGGGCGUUCCGAGAGGCGGUAGCAGACGAAUGAAGAACUAACGCACGGCGACGGACAAGCUGUAAUCUGUCGCCGCGGUUUCCCGACCUGGAGGGGGCGCUGGAGGUCACACAGGAAGCGGAGGCUCUGCACAUGUCACAAUAAAGCGUGUUUUGAAGCCUCCCGUCUCCGAAGCGUUGUGUUCAGUCGAGUGUUCCUCUCUCCCCCCCCCCCCGUCGGAUUGUUCAGGCCGCCUGCAUUCGUGGGAUGCUCCGCUCUGCUGCUCAUCCCUCGAAUGCAGAUUAUUUUCCAAACAUGACACUAUUUAAAUUUAAAAAAUGAGGCAAACGUCGGAUCUGAAAUCCUCACUUCCCCACCUGAAAACUACAGCGUCCGGCGGUUUGAACUGUCCAGAAAACACUACUGCAGAUGUUGACUGACGUCACAUGACCCCCCUGAGAAUUUCCGUUCCCAAGGCAUUCUUUGCCCCGCCCCCUCCACACACACUCGCUCAAAAGUCGGAAUUUCCCACUGACUCAACGCAUCGGAACUGCAGUGAUUCCCAAACUUUUUUUUUUUGCAACUUUAAACAUUUUGUCCCCAAAACUAUUUUUAAAUCAAGAAUCUCUUCAUCAGCAAAAAAAAAAAAAAAAAA